AGCCUUACUGUGUUCUGCUUACCCUAACACUGGGAAGCCUCCAGUAAUGGCGAGCAUGUUGGCCGCACGUUCGCACGCAGACUCCAGCAUAAGCGAGAGGCGUUUGCGGCCUGUCUACGAUUACCUGGACAAUGGGAACCACAAGAAAGCGUUGCAGGAAGCGGAGAAGCUGCUCAAAAAGCAAAAGGACUUCUCCUGCGCCAAGGCCCUGAAAGCACUUGCCCUUGUGCGGUUGUCACGGUCGGAUGAGGCCCUGUCUGUGCUCAAAGAGUUGCAGACUGAGGCCCCCACCGAUGACGCCACCUUGCAGGCCAUGACCCUCUGCUACCGUGAGCUGGAGCGACCGGACCUGGUGGUAGAGGCGUAUGAGCGUGCCACCCAGAAGGAGCCUCAGAAUGAGGAACUCCUGUCGCACCUGUUCAUGGGCUACGUCAGGGUGGGGCGGCCUCGCGAGCAGAGGCGGACUGCGUUGGCCCUGCACCGGCUGCGCCACAAGAACCCAUACUACUUCUGGGCUGUCAUGAGCCUCGUGCUAGAGGCCGACCAACCGACGACCUCUCCCGCCGAGCGCAGCACCCUUCUACUCCUCGCGCAGCGCAUGGUCGACAAGUUCGUCAAGGAACGGCGCAUCGAGGCUGAAGCUGAAGUGCAGCUCUACCUGAUGGUCCUAGAAAUGCAAGAGAAGUACCAGGAGGCUUUGGACGUCCUCCAUGGGCCACUAGGAGAGAGCCUGACUUCUUAUCUGGACUUCGUGCACCAACGCAAGGUGGAACUUCUGUCCAAGCUGGGCCGCUGGCCUGAGGUCAACUCCGUCUGCAAGUCGCUGCUGCUUGGCAACCCGGACAACUGGCAGUACUACAAGCAGUACUUGGACAGUGUGGAGAAGCUGCAGGCUUCUGGCUGGACGCCCAAAGAAACCAGCACCGAAGACGGUGAGAGCGACGAGUUGUGCCCGGCAGCCGACCACACGUACCCAAUGGCCCUGGCCUUCAUCGAGUCUCUCAAGGAGUCCUGCAAGAAGGGUGGACUGCUGCGAGGUCCUUGCAUGGCCCACGUUGCCGUCAUGGUCAGGGAGAAGGCAAGUCCGGAAGUCCUCGCGGCCCUGCUGAUGGACUUCUUCAAGAGAACUAGCCACAAGCCAUCCUGCCUUCUCGACCUAUCCUACCUGAUCGACCUGUGUGCCCUCGCCACCGAAGACAUUGUCAAGUUGGUGGACAGGAUGGAAGCAUCACUCAAAGCGGCACUGCCCGAGAGCUGGCAAAGGCCUCCUGAUGUCAGUGCUAUGCAGAGGCAUCUCACUGUUUGCCAGCUGCGACACUAUUUGAGCAGUAGCAGCCAUCUUUCUUUAGAGGACCGAUUGCACGUGGUGAGGGAGCUGUUUGCCAGCUACCAGCACAGUCUUCAGUUUGGAGUGGAGCUGCUGGCGACAGACUUCCAGCCAGCGGAUAACUAUGCCGUCCUAGCGGGCUGCCUCCUGCUGGAGCACUGGCAGGAAUUGGGUGAUUGUCGCCUGCUGCUGCGUCUCGUGGUGGCGCUGGAGAAGGCCCUGCUCAACAGUCCUUCCUGCUUUCAGAUCAAGCUACUCUUGCUCAAAGUCUACGGCCGCAUCGGUUCUGCAGGCCCGUGUCAGCAUUUUGCCGAGCUACUCGACAUCAAGCACAUUCAGCAUGACACAUUGGGCUACCUGGUCACACCGGUGUUCCUGAAGGCAGGCCAUUUCCAGGCAGCCAAUGCCAACAUGAACAUUGCACUGAAGCUCUUCACUGGUAACUUCAAAGACACUACAGACUACCUCAUUGCCUGCUACAAAUAUGGCUCCUUCACAAAGAUUCAGGAGAUGAUGAGGUUUCGUGAGCGGCUGAACAACUCUCUCCACUUUGCUCUGCUGACUGCUGACAAGAUGAUCUUAGAACUGUUGCUUGAGGCUAAGAGCCAAGAAACUCUGAAGCAGAUGCUGAUGAGCAUGGAAAUUGAUCCCGUCAAUGACAAGACGGAGUGGAGUGCGCUGACGGACAACCGGGACGUCAGGAUUUUCCGAGAAUGGGGCGCCACCCGGAGAAAACUGCUGGACGAGUACCUGGAGCGGACAAGGCAGGAAGAGGCAAGCCCACUCUUUCUUUGUCUCAUAAGAACACAAGAAAAAAGUGAAGCCUUUGGAAUUUGUGUGGUGUGGCUGCGCGUGCGGAACCUGCUGCUUCGCCUGCUGGCUGCCUGCCACCAGCUGAGCUCCCAGCAGCCGCUGCUGGCACCACAGCAGACUCCGUCGGCACGGGCAGGUGGCGACUAUGUGGGCAGCGACAACGAGCGGCCUCUGGCCAACGGGGAGCGAGCACCCGGUGCUGGUGGGACGGGUGGCCCGCUGGGCGUGGCUACUUCUCUCCUGGAUUCGUUGCAUGAGGUGGCUCUGGAAGCAGAUACCCUACCUUCACCCCCGCAGGAGAACAGAUUCACUAAGCCCUGUCCUGUAUGUGUUGUGCAGCCCUACCCAGUGCUGUGUCCUCAGCCUGGUCGCUUGGGCGCCUUUGUAUCGGGUGGCUGCCUGCGGGUACUGCUUGCUGCCUUCAAGUGGGUUGUGGAUCUAUACAAGGUCAACGAAGAGCUGAGCAUGGAGGCCCCAGCCAGUGCCGAAAUCAAAGUCGGGGAUAGCCUGGUCCCUCUAGUCAAAAGUAUGGUUUCCAAGGUCAGGGAUCUCAAGGUUGACAGCCUGCAGUCCACAAGUGUCUUCCUUGAAGCAGUCACCAAUGCGACGGAGGUGAUUGGCUGGUGCAGCCUGGUGGCAGUGAUCGGCAGCUCAUUAGCGAGGCCUUCACGUCAGGCGGUUGCGAAGAAGGGCAAAAAGAAGACGAAAGAGGCCAGCUCCAUAGACGAGGCUUCAGCAAAGUGCUUCAUCACACUAGUGGGUGAGCUGGAGUCGGCAGCCGCAGACCUCCAGACCGUGGUGUCACAGGCACCCGCAGACAUGCUAGCAAACAUCAUGGCAUCCCUAAACCUUGACCACGAGGAGCCAUUCCUUCAGGGAACCGAGGAAUUGAGCAAGCAGGUGCGGCAGAGGAUCGAGCAGAGCUAUGCAGACUCGCUCAAGGAGCUAGGGACCAUGCUGGACUCGAAGCUCAAAUUGCUGCAAUCGUUACGAGCUUGAGCCGUGCCAGCAACGUUGUCAUCGGCAAUUCUUGUUCAGCGGCCAUCGUCUUCAAACCUGGCUGUAAUGCAUAAGCAUGGGCCUUGUUUCACGGAAGCACCGAGUUUUUUUUUUUUUUUUCAUCUUUCAUUUACUUGUGCUCCUGAACCAUCUUCAGACUGCCAACCUGAGUCCCCAACCAGAGAUAUGUGUAACUGUGAAGUGUGAGGUGUUUCAAAUGUGCGAGAAGUAGCGAGCAAAAGAUAAGUUGGAGAGCAUGGCAAGGGCUUGGCACUGGCAUUGCCCGAGCAUGUUCUAGAGAACUUGGACUCGAAAGUCCAGCCUUUUUUUGCUGGCAAUAGUGCUUUCUGAGCAAGUUGUCGCGGGCAGCUGUUGCUGUGCAAGCCUUUCAAUCGAGAACCGAACAAUCGUCGUCAUCGCCGACGCCCCGCAGUGCAUCGACGGUGGGUGUCACCAAGCCAACUAUGCAGCUUCGGGUUACGUUGUUGCUCUUUAACAGAUGGAAUGUGGAUGGUGUUCAACAGUCUGAUUUGCUCUGCGUCCAACCCAAAACUUGAAAUAACCACUAAGGAGGCAAAAGGCUGGGCACGGUUGCAAUGAUGAAUCAUUCGUAGUGCGUGCCACAUCCAUCGUUCUGAAGAUUGAACGCCCCACUAAUGACCACUGGCAGCAGAGGCUUCAAGACUACCGCGAGAUAUGCAUGAAUUGAACAUCUAACUCAAAGCCCAGGCUAGGCAAGGUCAGGGGCACUUGGUUGCAAUAGCGCUUUGAGGUGGCCACGCUGUGCUGCCUUCAUCAGAAGGAAGUGUGGAUAGUGCUGGGAAAAAAAAGGCUGUUGCUUCUCUCGUGAGCUCAUCGAUGAACUGUCAUUGAGUAAGAACGAAUCUUUUGAUGGAAGCCCCACUAUGCAAAGUGCCAGAUCGAGCACUUGCAGGUCAAGUACCAUGCUAAUUUGCCAAGGACGAUGAUCGCGACACCGGACUGGGGUAACUGCAAGGAUGAAAGGAGAGUGGCAGCCCGUCUGCUCACCCUUGUUUUUUUUUCCCCCUUCUAGUGCGUGCAAGUGUAUGUCUGUGUGUGUGUGCAUAGUAUGCGAGCCUGUGCUGCUGAAGCUUGCCGCGCAAACUUUUUGUUUUUUUUCCUUCACCUUGGAAAGUUGUGGACACCGCCACUAGCUCCAUCAGUCCCGGGCUGUGCUCGUUGCACUGCGCAAAGCAGCGGCGCUAGACACAGCCACGCGACUAUUGACUCUCGCCCGUGUGUGCCUUCUAGAAUGAGGAUUGCGAGUAAAAGUUUUAUAUUUUGA